AUGACAACAAAUUCAUGCGGAUCAGCUCUUCCCCGCUUUGACUUCCCAAAGCCAGCAGCCCCCAGAUUUACUGCCAGGGCCGCUAAAUCAUUACCCACAGCAGCACUCGUCGCAACAGCAGCAGCUACAUAUUAUAUGACAUAUUAUAUGAUGCGACAACAAUACACAUAUGCAAAAGCUCAGCAUGAGCGCGCGGUGGAGAGUUUGAAUGAGAUCAAGGAGCGUGGGAAUAGGACGGAUGAGUGGGUUAAGAGUGAGACACUGUGGUGGACAGCUUUUUGA